CACAGAACCACCAUCAAACAGCCGAGAUGUCACAACGUGUAUUCGACACAACGAAAUGGCUUUGGUACCUACUACUCAUUCAAGUUGGGUUACAAUGGACUCCCGUUCGCUGCGUCACAGUUCGGACCCCACCUAGCAACCCAUCCACGAUAGAGGCCCAAGCGAAAUUCUUCCAGGAUUUUUUCUCAGUACAGUUGAGCCCAUACAAGAUAGAGUUCGGUCACGUCUGCGAGGACCCUGACACGUGGGAGCAACGAUAUGAGAAGAAAGACUUUAAGAACCACAGGGAUAUGGGAAAAGUCCGUUGGGGAGACAAAAAAGGCGGGUACGGAGAACAUUACUGGGAUUUAAAUCACGCUGGACAUGUCGGAAAUCAUGGUAACGAUGACUAUGAGAGCGAUGCUGACGACGGCUCAUACCAUGAGAAUGAUCACAAGAACACUUAUGAUGAACCCAGUGGACACACAUAUGGGACAGAAGAGUAUGACCCAGAAAGAUCCAGCUAUGAAGAAAACGGUAGAGCUAAAAGAGCUCAUCCAUUACGAAGAAUAGUAGCUGAAAAAAAAGAAAAAGUGUACGAAGGAGAAGUCAAACCUCAAAAGAAAAGAAAUAGUGAGACACAAACAGCUGCCCCAGAAGACGCAGACUAUCCUGAAGACGAAGAAACCUAUGUCAAACCAAGAAGAAACCAGCAAAGAAAAGAACAGAAAAUUGAAGAUCAUAAGCCUAAAAGUGAGCGAAAUCAAGUGGUGUUAGUCGUCACCAAAAAUGAUGAGGUUGAAAAAACGACAACUGAACUUCCUAAGAAACUUCCAGAUGUGAACCAUUACGUUCCGUACGAGGGUGGGGCCGGAGUAAGACAGCAUCAUAAACCUGAUAUUUCUGCAGCAGUUACUGUACCUAGACUUUUCUUAGAACCAUCUACUGGACACGUCGUAGAUAGAGCAACAGGCCAAGCUUAUGUGUUGCAACCUAUAGCAAUUAAUCGUUAUAAUUAGUUUAAGUUUAAUUAUU